AUGUCUCCUUUUGGAUUCUCCACGACUAGCGAAGAGCUGGUUAAGGCCUUCGCCGACAAGAUCAAGGGACGUACAUUCCUCGUCACCGGAACUACCGCGAAGGGUCUUGGUGCCCAAUGCGCCAUCGCCUUGGCCCGCGAGUCGCCAGCACACCUCAUCCUCGUGAGCCGGACCAAGGCCAAGGUCGACCCCGUAUUAGAGGAGAUCGCAAGCAUCAAUCCCAAUGUCAAGACAACCUUCGUCACCUGCGAGCUGACUGACUUCGACUCCGUCCGAGCAGCUGCGGAGAAAAUCAACAACGACUCUUCGAUCCCCAAGAUCGAUGUCGUCAUCAACAAUGCCGGCAUUAUGAACGUCAAAGACUACACGUUGGAUAAGCAAGGAAUCGAAUUGACUUUCUCAGCGGAUCACGUCGGGCACUUUCUCCUGACCAACCUCAUCAUCAACAAGAUCAUCGCCGCAGCCCCCGGUGCCCGCAUCGUCAACGUGACGAGCCGGGGCUACGGUAUUGGUCCCUUCCGCGGCGAUGACUACAACUUCUCCGACGGCAAGGCGUACGACGGUUGGAGCGCAUACGGCCAAGCCAAGACCUCCAACAUCCUAUACUCGGCUGAGCUAUCGCGGCGAUUAGCCAGCAAGGGCGUUAAGUCCUAUGCACCACACCCCGGUGCCAUCUUCACCACCAACUUAGCCAACCAUUUAGACGAGAGUGACUUCAGCGAGAUUGGCAAGGUAGCCGAACGGAACACCGGAAAGGCCUGGGGCGGCCCGAGCAAUAUAAAGAACGUAUCCCAGGGAGCCGCACCGCUACUCGCCGCAGCACUAGACCCAGACUUCGACGACAGACCUGGGUCAUACAUCGUAGAUUGUCAAAUUGUCACUCCACACAAGUACGCCACCGACCCAGAGGCUGCUCGCAAGCUAUGGGAGAUUAGCGAGAAGCUAGUAGGCCAGAAGUUUGACUUUUAA